CUGGUUAGUUACAUUGCAGGAACAAAGUGCUUUCGAUAGCGUAGGCCACCUUGCUUCGUUUUUAGUGCUGACUAGAGCCAUCUCUAAAUAUAUAUCUAGUGCAGACGUUAUAUUCUGUAUCUUUAGCAGCCUACGCCAUAGCCUACUCUGGGAUGCGGUAGUCAGGUUAAAGCUAUUUAUGAAGUGUCUCUUCAUUCUGUUCUUUCCGCCGUUAACCCAUGUCUUCUAGUUAUCUCCUGUUCGACCAGCUGAAAUGAUCCUGCGCCGUGCAUUUAAGUGCGUUCUCGGUAGGCGGAUGCCUGCCUGUUUAAUCGUGUUUUCUGACCGAAGGCCUUUUUGUUUUAGCUCUAGGACGCAAUUUGCCAAGACACUGAUACAUCUGGAUUAAUGCCGCAAAUGUUUUUGGAAAAUCCUCUCGGAACCUCUACGAGCCAGAAUGUCGAAUAAAAUGUAUUAUAACUCUUUACCGGUUGGUCCUUUUGCAUGGAGUAAUGUGAGACUGUAUCCACAGGAAAGUAAAAUUGGGCUACAUCAACUUUACAAAGCGCUGGUAGUGCGUUCAGACUUAUCACCUAAAGCCUGUGCAGUACUGAAGCACAAGCUCUGCAAGUAUGCAUUCUUCUCGUGCAUAUAUUCCAUCUUGUGCGUAGUCUUCGGGUGACAAAUCUGUACGCACUACGUUUAACGGUGCUUUGAGAAGUCGACGUAAUUCUACUUUCCUGUGGCCAUCGUCACAUUCCUACCCUUCAAAAGGACCGACCACACGGACAACCGUGGCAUUUGGCUCCUCAGUUGGCCUUAACAUCAAGAAACACUGCCUUACUCCACCUGUUAACUGCAAACCCAAGUCUACCCUAAACCUCUGCAAUGAUGGAAAUUAGCAGUGACCCAGCCAGCAACAAGAACUCCCUCAUCAAUGUGAUGCACCGCUUCAUUGCCGCAACCAACAACAUGGAUGAAACUAUCAUGGUGCCCAGCCUGUUGAGGGAUGUGCCCCUGGAGGAACAGGAGAGCCAGCAGGUUGAGGUGGUGGAGAACAACAAUGAGCUGUCCUACCCUAACAAGCAGAGGGACAUGUAUGAGCACUACCUCCUCCUCAAGUCCAUAAAGAAUGACAUGGAGUGGGGCCUGCUGAAGAGGGAGAUGAGCGGCGGGGCCAGCUUCCUGGAAAUGGCAGUCAAGCAAGAGGAGCAGCAGUCGAUAACCAGGGGGCUCCCUGUCGACGAGAGCUCAGAUCUGGAGGGCCAGUUCCACUACCACCUCAGGGGACUGUUUGGCGUCCUGUCAAAACUCACAGUGCAAGCAGACCACCUCACCAACCGCUACAAGAGGGAAAUUGGAGGUGCUAACUUCAUGAGAUAGGGUCACAUCUGCCUGAACCUGGUCUGCGUGACUCAAACCGUGGUGUCAUGGAAGACCUCUUGCCCCUAGUGCAACAGGGUGGUGGACUGACCAGAGCAACUACCUUAUGAUUUCUUUGACUCCUGUCUUGAGUAGUAACAAUCCACCCCCACUCUGUCACUUGCUUCCCAAACCUCCACUAAUCAUAAAUGUAUACCAAUCUGACACUUGCAUAUGUUCCUGACUGUGUAAGGUCAUAUCUGAUUCUGUAUACAGUUGACUGUAAGUUCAUCAGGUUGACAUUUUAUGAUUAUUGGCUGUUAGAAUUUUCUGAUAUUGUAUUUGGAGUCUAGUUGACACAUGGAUCUGGUAGAUGUACAAACUUCCCAUAGUCUUCAUUUCAAAUCCAAACAUUAAUUUGGAUUCACAUGUAUGUCAGUGGAACUGGAUGUCUUUAACUGUCUCGCAAGGUUUGACUAGGAGUAUUUGGAAUGCUGGUUGUUCUGUCCCUCCUUAAAAUUUAAACUACACUUGUCUGUGCUUGUUUAAGCGCCUUUAUUUAAAAUAUGAAAAUGUUUAGUCAUCGUAUUGCUCAUGAAAUGUGGCGUGCCUUGAAUUUUUAUAACUCAAAGUCCUGCUCAGAUGCCCCCUACUGUUUGGUACACAUUGUUUGAAUGGCAACCUACUUUUCUUUGUCAAACUUCUGUAACACCACUUAAUUGUCAUGUAUUGUCCUUGGAUAUUUCAAUUUUUAUAUUGGCAGAAAUGCAGUAGAACUAAAAAAAUAAAUAAACUUCACCUGUUCAAA